CUUUUACGCCACAGCUACAAGUGAUUUCAAGAAAGAAAUACUCAGAAAUGACAUUUUAAGCAAUUACUUUUCUUUUUAUAUGUCCUCCAUCAAGAAAAAUUAAAGCCACAAGAACAAGUUAAAAACACAAUUUCCAUUGUUGGCCCCCACAGAUAUUCACCUCACCAAAUCUGGCCUUCUGCUAUAAGUUUGGACACCCCUGGAUUAGAUCAUUUUUGUUUCUGCCCCGCAAAAGGCCUGAUUAUAACAUGCUCCUGUAAUUAGCAGACAUCCCACAUCUGAGGUUGAGAGGUUCAAUUCCUGUGUUCAUUUUAAGAAACAUACAUCCUGUGGGUAAGGCAGACUGCAGUGUGAGAUGUGCCUCACUUUGAUCUUUAAAUACCCUCUAACGUUAAGGCACGCUCAAUGACUUUGAUUUUUUUCUCUGUGACUUCUGGGUAAAAUGCAGACGCUCCCUUGAGUGUGUGGCAGCAAAGAAUGCACGAACACCUAUCCUUUUUUUUUUCUUCCUCCAACACCACCACCAUCUGUCCUUUUCUUCCAUUUCAUGUGCUCAAGCAAAAUCCACACCCCUCUCAUAGCAACAGCACGCCGCCGCCGCCCCCGCGCCUUGCAGUGGAUUUUUUUUCCCUGUUCUCCUUCCUCCCCCUGAAUCUGCGCCUCGCACUAUGCAGACGGUCCCUUGGCCCUGCCUGGCGGUUCGCUGGUCCCCCCCUCCCCCAUCAGCCGUGCUCCUGUUUCACUCAAAGAUGGCGGCGGCUCUAGAGCCACUGGUCUCUGGCUGCAUUUUUAGCCUUGUUGUUGUCUUCGCUUCGCACGCUCCGGGCACCUUUUUGGCGGCGGCUUGACACGUCUCGCUAGCAAGGAGCAGCGGAAAUCGGCUCGGAGGUAGUGUCAUCUGCUGAAGUGCAGGAAGGAAGAAGGUGUUCGCCCCGACUGCUUCCUGGAGUGACAUAUCUGUUUUGUCCCUGUGCUGAUAUUUUUAUAUAAAAAAGGGGGAGCACAAAAGAACAGGAGGUGAAUGCAGGCGGGAGGAAAGUGGAACGCCGGGAUCCACCAGGACGAUUUUAUUUUUCUCUGUCUCUGUAACAUGAAUUUCAUGUUCUGAAGACGAAGCUCAUCCUUUCUACCCCACUUAAAGACCUCAUCAGCCAGCGGUCGGAGCCAAGUUUGACUCUUCUUCAAACUUAAAAGUACAAAGAAAGAUAAUCCAGAGGUGUAUCUUCAGACGUCUUCCUUCCCGCACUGCUCCGAUUUUUCACCGGGCCUUCUUUGCCUGGCUGGGAGUUUACGGAGUGGAGGGUUGACGGAGGGAGCUUGUGCUAUGAUCAGCUGCUCCUUUCCGUGCUGCUCAUACUCGGCUUCUGAGGGACUCUCAGUUCGACCCCAGGACAAGGGAUAGUAAGCAGGUAGAGGGCUCGCAAGAGGACGAGGCGGCGCUACGGCGCAGGCCCAGGUGUUUCCUUGGCUUCUGAUCCCAUUGUUUUGAGCGCAGGAAAGCCUUUAGGGCUGCUGCACCCACCAAGACUGCAGCCAUGGUGAAGCUGGCAAACCCAGUGUACACCCAAUGGAUCUUGGAGGCCAUCAAAAAGGUGAAGAAGCAAAAGCAGCGACCGUCGGAGGAGCGGAUCUGCAAUGCCGUCUCCAUGUCCCAUGGUUUGGACCGUAAAACCAUCCUAGAGCAACUGGAGCUCAGCGUCAAGGAUGGUACCAUUCUUAAGGUCACCAACAAGGGACUGAACUCCUACAAAGACCCGGAUAAUCCCGGACGGUUGGUUCUGCCGAAGCCUAAAGGUGGAGGCAGCUCUGGAGGAGGCAGUACUGCAGCGUCGACGGCGGCAGCACCGGCAGGAGGUGGAAGUGGCGUCGGCAGCAGCUCAAGCAACAGUGCGUCUCAUUCGGGGAAGAAGCCGGGUCUAGACUGGAACAAGCUCAUCAAACGUGCGCUGGAAGGACUCCACGAGCCAGAAGGGUCCAGCCUGAAGAACAUCGAGCGGUUCCUCAAGUGCCAGGCGGACGUGGCGGCCUACCUGUCGGGCAGCGGGUCCAUGGGGCCGGGCCUCUUCCACCAGCAACUGAGGGUCGCCCUGAAGAGGGCCGUGGCCCACGGACGCGUGGCCAAGCAGGGGCCGCUAUUCCAGCUGAUCAGCCGCAGCAGCUCCCUGGACGACGGCACCGGGACGGUUUCUCUGGAAUCACUGCCACCUGUCCGCUUGCUGCCACACGAGAAAGACAGGCCGGUGGCGGAGCCCAUCCCCAUCUGCAGCUUCUGUUUGGGCACCAAGGAGCAGAACCGGGACAAGAAACCGGAGGAGCUCAUCUCCUGCGCCGACUGCGGCAACAGUGGCCACCCGUCCUGUCUGAAGUUCUCCCCGGAGCUCACGGCGCGAGUCAAGGCUCUGUGGUGGCAGUGCAUCGAGUGUAAGACCUGCAGCAGCUGUCAGGAUCAAGGAAAGAAUGCGGACAACAUGCUCUUCUGUGACUCCUGUGACCGGGGCUUCCACAUGGAGUGCUGUGACCCUCCACUCACGCGGAUGCCUAAAGGUAUGUGGAUUUGCCAAAUCUGCCAACCCAGAAAAAAGGGAAAGACUCUUUUACACGAAAAGGCAGCGCAGAUCAAACGGCGCUACAACGCACCACUGGGCCGGCCAAAGUCCAGGCCGGGGCGGCCCUUCAAAAAGCUUGGGGGGCGGGGCCGCCGGAAGCGCUCAGUCUCGGCCAACUCCUCUUCCAGCUCCUCUUGUGAGGGAUACCCCGGCGACGACCGGCUACUCUUCUCCAUGCGAGGCGACGACGAGCAGAGCGGCCUGCGCUACAACAGCAAGACCAAGGGCCUCAUCGAUGCCCUCACCAAGUUCUUCACGCCGUCGCCAGAGGGCCGCAAGGCCCGCCAGGAGGUGGUGGACUACUCGCAGCAGUGUCGCAUUCGAAAGAAAUCAAGCCGCAAAGGAGAAGAGGAGGACAGGGGAGGUGAGGAAAGUGGGCGUGACCGGUCCGCCCGACCCUCAGAUGCGCUGCCCGGCGGUCAUCGAGUUCGGCAAGUUUGAAAUCCAGACCUGGUAUUCGUCUCCCUACCCGCAGGAGUACAGCAGACUUCCAAAGCUGUACUUGUGUGAGUUCUGCCUUCGCUACAUGAAGAGUCGCAGCAUCCUCUACCAGCACAUGAAGAAGUGCAGCUGGUUCCACCCUCCUGCCAAUGAGAUCUACAGGAAAGACAAUGUCUCUGUGUUUGAGGUUGAUGGAAACGUGAGCACAAUCUACUGUCAGAACCUGUGCCUGCUGGCCAAGCUGUUCCUGGACCACAAGACCCUGUACUACGACGUGGAGCCGUUCCUCUUCUACGUCCUCACGCAAAACGACAGCAAGGGCUGCCAUCUCGUGGGCUACUUCUCCAAGGAGAAGCACUGUCAGCAGAAAUACAACGUAUCAUGCAUCAUGAUUCUUCCACAGUACCAGCGCCAGGGCUACGGACGUUUCCUCAUCGACUUCAGCUACUUGUUGUCGAAGCGGGAAGGGCAGCCCGGGUCUCCUGAGAAGCCUCUGUCCGACCUGGGCCGGCUGUCCUACAUGGCCUACUGGCGCAGCGUCGUGCUGGAGUGUCUUCACGAGCUGCGGGACCGGCAGAUAAGCAUUCGGCAGCUUAGCAAGAUGACAGCGAUCUGCCCGCAGGACAUCACCUCCACCCUGCACAGCCUGGGCAUGCUGGAGCAGCGAGGAGACGGACUUGUGUUGGUGCGAAGAGACAAGGUUGUGGCCAACCACAUGGCCCGCCUAAAGGCACGGCCGCGGCAGCUGGAGGUGGACCCCGAGUGCCUGCGCUGGACUCCAGUCAUCGUGACUAACACGGUGGUCUCUGACGCCGACGGAGACGACGACGAUGAGGAGGAUGAAGAACCAGAGGGGGACAAUCGCAAGGAUGUCAAACCGAGUCACAACUUUUCAUCGUCCGCCUGGCAUAUCCAGCAAGCGAGGACCAAGGAUGAGGAGGACGAAGACGACGAGGAGGACGACAGGAAGGGAUUUUUGGGGUUUCCCGUCGGUCAAAGCUCCCCGGCCUCCCCUCCCGCCCGCUCUCAAGCAGCUCUGUCCGAUCAGCCGCGGCCCUUUCUGCCCGCAAACGGAGAGCGCCGCCCACGCGGGCGCCCGCCCAAGAACUGGCCUUGGGGCAAACUGAACAACAGCCCGCGCGUCGGGCGCCCGUCCAAGAUCCGCCCCAUGGACGACAAGGACGAUGACGACGACGAGGAGGAUGAAACCACCAUGGAGGGGAAGCCGUCCUCGUCCUCCAGGAGCCCUCCGUCCCUUUUCUCCUUGGAUCGCCAAGCGGACUCGCCGGGCUUUCAGGCGCUGAACAUGGCCCGGCACCCCUCAAUAACCCCCACCCGGAGGGGCCGCCCCCCCAGAAAAAAGAGAGGCCCAAAGCCCCGACUGGCAGACGGAGAGGGACUAGCGUCGAUCUCCAUGAUGUCGCGGUUGACCGACGGCCUGCCUGUCCGACGGAGCCACUUCAGUGAGAGCAGCGAGGAGGAGGAGGAUGAAGAUGAGGAGGAGAACCGAGCGUGCUCCCCGCCCAUCCUCACAAAGACCGCCAUGGGCCUCAAAUGCAAGAAGCCCCUGAAGAGGCCUCGCUUUCGCAGUCGCAGCCACCCUCAGAGCAGCGUGGUAACUGAGACCAUCUCUGAAACCACAGAGGUGUUGGAUGAGCCCUUCGUGGACUCAGACUCCGAGCGGCCCAUGCCCCGACUGGAAGAGGAGCCGUCCCUGGGGCACCCGAUGCGCCGCUACCCCCCAGCAAGAUCCGCGCUGAUGUUAUCCGAUCCUCCGUCCAAGAGAGGCCGCCUUUCCAACUUCUCUGACUCGGAGGAAGAUGAGCUCACACCGAUGCUGAAGCCGGUAGCUUCUCUGGCUGCAGCGCCAUCAGAGAUGGUGGAGGCCAACCCAGAUGCACCAGUCAAGAAGAAGAAGGGCUGGCCAAAAGGAAAGAGCCGCAAACCGCUGCAGUGGAAGAAGCAAGGACCGGGAAAGUCACCCAGCGAAGCCUUCGGCCACCAAACAUCUGGAGAAGGCCUCGGCGCCGGCGGGGACUGUGAUCAGCCCAAAAUCAAAAUGAAGCCGGGCCGGAAACCCCGGAGCUGGUACCUGCAGCGAGCUCAGGAGGAGAGCGAGAGGGAGGACAAGGACAGACAACGGUCGCUGGAGCAACACAAAGACGACGUGAACAAGCGGGCCUGCGGAGCUGACGGAGAUGACAAACCCAAAGACUCCGACGACGAAGACGACUUCUUCUCCAAGCCCACCGAUCUGAAGGUGCCUAAAAGGCGGGGGAGACCGCCCAAGAACCGUGGCCUUCACCAGCCCCCGUCGGCUGCACCCAAACACUCCCCAACCUCUGAACCCGACGAAGAGGAGGAUGAAGACGAAGAUGAGGACGCCGAGAGGACCUGGGGUGAAGACAAACACAGUCAAGCGCCGCCUCACCCCCUGCUGUCCCCCUCGUCAAACGCCGGAGCGCGCGCUCUGAAGUCGCUGCCUCAUGAUGCCGAUGUGGGUGACAGGGAGGAGGACGAGGAUGAAGACAGGGAGGAAGAGGAGUGCGGAGGCGGAGGAAGCAGCAGGCGGGCGGCAGUCCCAGCAGGAGCAGGAAGUAGGCGGAGUGAAGACCACGACGCUGAUGAUGAAGGAGACGGACGCCUGGAGGACAAGAGCAGCAGCAAGAAGAGGAAAAGUCAACACUCGGACGAUGACGAAGACGACGAUGAAGAGGAGGACGAGCCCGCAUCACAAGCGAACUCGCCUCCAGUGAAAGAGGAACCACAAGCAGGAGAGGCUUUUUUAGACUUGGAGAACAGCGUGGCCCGGGACCGCGUCAGCAAGCAGGAGGAGGAGGAGGAGGAGGAAGAUGGUGAGGAGGAAGUGCAGCAGGUCAAAGGUCAGUCCUCCUCAGCUGAUCCUCAGCAGGAAGAGAGGCGGCGCCGGGAGCAGGAGGAGUCGGCUGCAGCCGCCGCCGCCGUGGAGACGGUCACGGCCAUGUCUGUUCCCUCUGAGCCUCUGCCGCUGCAUCCAGACGACAAGGACAUCACACUGCUGAUGGAGACCCAGCACCCCCACCAGCACUCCGACUUCAAAGAGGAGCUGGGCCACCAUCACCAACACCACCCGCACCACCACUCCAACGAGCUGGACCUGGAGACCAUGCAGGCUGUGCGCUCCCUGACUCACGGGGAGGCACAGGAAGAAGAGAGCGAGCCGCAGCCGCACCACGGCACCUACCAGGACUGCGAGGAGACGCUGGCCGCCUGCCGCACGCUGCAGAGCUACAGCCACACGGGGGAGGCCGAGGAGGAGGCCUUAUCUUUGGUGGAGGAUUGCGGGGCGUCGCAGCACAGCAGCCCCAUGCCCAACCCACCGGUACCCCCCCUGCCCGGUCAGUCCGUUCGCUCAGUCAACAGCCCAGCGCUGCCCCCCGGCAUCGUGGACACGACUCCCACAGGGCAGCGGGGAGGAACGCCGGGUCCCACGGGCUCCAGCGCCAAUAGCGGCAGUGCUGUAAGUGGCUACACCCAGAUCACGCCGGAACAUUCUGGCUCUCUGUCGGCCCCCUCCCAGCAGAACAUAGAGACUUCUCCCAUGAUGGACGUGCCUUCGGUUUCGGACCACUCCCAGCAGGUGGUGGACAGCGGCUUCAGCGACCUGGGCAGCAUAGAAAGCACUACAGAGAACUACGACAACCCCAGCAGCUACGACUCCACCAUGGGCGGCGGGGGCAGCGGAACGGGCAACGGGGGGAACGGAGGGGGGAUGUCAGCCGCUGUAGUGGCAGGUGCUCCCUCAGCUUCGUCCUCCUCUUCGUCGUCCUCUUCCUCCUCUAGCUCCGCCCCUCCGUCCUCCUCCGCUCAGUCAAACAGCUGCUCGUUCGUCCAGGCGCCAAGCCUGCCAUCUUCCACGGGAAACGGUGGCGCCCAGCUCGGGAUGGGCAGCUGCAGCCUUAUCCAGCAGACCGGACCAGGCCCCACCACUGGACCGGGCGGCACCAACAUAGGGGGCGCCGUGCCCCAGCCGCCGCCACCCCCACCACCUUCCAACACACCCAACUGUGGGAUCAAGUCCCCACAGAGCUGUGGCGUGAUCGAGAGGCCCCCCAGCACCAACCAGCAGCAGCCACAGGCACAAAAAAAGGUCCCCCAACAACCCCCCCAGCAGCAAGCCCCCAACCCUCAACCCCCACCCUCGGCUCCCCCGCCACCGCAGCAACAGGCCUUGCCACAGUGCAGCAUGGGAAACGGCUUCGCCACCACACCCAUGAUCAUGGAGAUUCCAGACAGCGGGGGCGGGGCAGGGAGCCGGCCCAUCUAUGAGCGCAUGGGACAAGACUUUGGGUCUGGGGGCUACCCCCAGCCCUCCUCCUUCAGCCUGGCCAAACUCCAGCAACUCACCAACACCAUCAUGGACCCCCACGCCAUGCCCUACUCUCACUCUGCCUCCGUCACCUCCUACGCCACCAGUGUCUCCCUGUCCAACCCAGGCCUGGCCCCCUCGCCCCACACUCCUCUUCCCCAAGGCCAGCCCACCAUGACCUCCCCCCCUAACCUGAGCUCCGGCACCAUGAACCUGAGCUCUCUGCAGCUGCAGUGCAGCAUGCCCACCACCAACAUCAGCCUGGGACCCCCCCACACGCAGCGGCUGCAGGGCCAGAUGACCACCGUCAAAGGCCACAUCUCCAUCCGCUCCAAAGCUGCUCAGCAGCUGGCCCCCGCCCCACACCAGCAGCAGCUCUACGGCCGCAGCUCCGGAGCCGUGGCCAUGCAGAGUACGCCGCGCACGUUGGCGGUGCAGCGCAGCAUGAUGCCCAACCUCAUGCCUACUCCGGCGCCGUACAACUCCAUGAACAUGGCGCCCCUGAACGCCAUGUCUGCCAGCUACAGGAUGCCCCAGCCCAUGAUGAACAGCAGUUACCACAGCAACCCCGCCUACAUGAACCAGCCGGCCCAGUAUCCCAUGCAGAUGCAGAUGGGCAUGAUGGGAGGGCAGGGCUACCCCCAGCAGCCUAUGCAGCCCAAUCACCACGGCAACAUGAUGUACGCCGGCCCCUCCCACCACAGCUACGCCGGGGUCCCAAAGCAGUCGCCGUACAUGAGCAGAUGAGCAAAGGUGAACAGGAAGCGGAGAUGCCAGGCCAGAGCUAAUGCUCGCCGUACUCUUAAGUGUCAAUUAGUCCUGCCUCCUCACCGGCGCCGCAGCCGCCGCCGCCAGUUCCAGAAAGUCCAGCUGGUUGGAGACUAAGAGCAUGUUUGGAUUUCCUGUUUUUCCACAUACUUUGUCUCUUCAUUUUCUGGGCCUGUCUCCUGCCCUCCUCCGUUUGGCUGGCUGGUUUCAAAGGAGCGGACGGGUUGGAUUUUGGGGGCAGGACAAACCCCAGGGGUGCACGCCCUCCCCCCCGAGGAGUGGAGGAGGACGACGCAGAGUACAGCACUGACUACAAACUAAAGAACAGUUUGAAACUGAAUAUAUUCAACCAUGCACACAAAAAAUUAAAGUAAUAUAGGAAGCCUUACUUUGGAGAAAAAGAGACGAUGAAACACUGAAGGCGGACUGUCGUUUUGUUAAACAUAUUGUUAAAUCUUAUUUUUGUUGUCGUUUUUUGAAACUCUGGUGUGCAGUCUGACCUCAUACGCUUUUGUCUUUAUAUGUGUGACAUUCGGAGACACCCAAUCACUCUGAAGGAACCCAAACAUUUCGGAGGCCGUUCAGCUUUCGCGGAAAAGCCUCGACGCUGGGCCCCCUUCGCCGCUCCCAGCCUCGGUCUUCCUUCCAUGGACGGUGUAGAACCAAAAACACAGCAAAGGCACAGCAGGAGAUGAGCGUGUUACUGUCUUAUACAUCCAAAAACAUCAAAAAAAGAAAAAAAAAAAGAGCAAGUAGCAUUAUUUUCCAGUUUGCCGCCACUCUAAAAUGUUUAGAUGUAAAUAUUCUGGUACUUCCCAAUACUCAGCACACACACAUAAACACACAUUCAGCUCUUUUGUCCACACUCCGCUGACAGAUGGUGGGUUUUUUUCCACGGAAAAAAACAGACACCUCCAGUGUUAGAGGCGUUUGCCCUGAAAUGGGGCGUUUUGUUCAACUGUAAGUGUUUAUGUUUCUGCUCUCCUAUAGACUAGACAACGGCAGCGGUCAGUCGGCCUUUGUGAAAGGUGUGCCUCCAUGCCUGAACUAGUGCGCGGUCUGGCCCUCGGAGAGGAAGCAGGGUCAGAGGCGAGGUCCCGUCUGGUUUCGCCGUUUUCCGCGGUUGAUCUCGUACCAGUAUUCAAAGUCAAAAGAGACAGUUUUUUUUAUUUUAUGUUAUUUUAUUUUACGUUCACAGACCUGACAUGCAUACUUUCUUUGUGUGUAUCGCUGCGUUCUGUACUUCUGUCGUCGUUUCUUUUCUGAAUUUUCUCAGACCGGGCAGCUUUCUUUUAUGACACAAGCUGACUCUUUUUGACUUUAGAAACUUAUUGUAGAGCAAAUGUUUUUUCUAUAAUAUAAAAAAAAGAAAUUCUGACAUUGAUAUUGGUACUGUCAUUUUUUUUCCACUUGUGUUUCAGGAAACAACAACGACAAAAAAAAACGACAUAUUUUUUAGCUCGCCUCUUGGGUAAUAAUUACUAAAGAAAGUCGAAAUGUAAAAAAAAAAAGAAAAAAAAUCACCACUCACUUUUAGUGACUUUAAGAUGCCUUUAACCUUUCCAUUCCAUCUCAUCUCUAGAGUUUUUCUAUCUUUGUGUAGUAUAUUAAUGCUAUUUUAAACAAAAAGGACUACAAAUAUCUAAAGGUCACUCGGCAUUCUUUCCUUUUUUUUUGUUUUUUUACUUGUGUGUGUGCGCGUGUGGAUGUGUGUGUGUGUGUGUAUAGGAUGAUUCCUUACAUUUAAGAGGCAUGUAAAAAUGAGCUCAGUAUAUUUGUCUGUUUAUAUUGCUUCCCUUUUUGUAUCCUUUGUAAUUGUACAUGUUGCGUUUUAUGCUAAGAGAGAGCGCAAAACAAAAAAGGGUGGUGAGGUGUCGGCUGAGCGCUCGGCGAAAGGUGGAGGUGCGCUCGGCUCUCCUCUCUCCCUGUAUGUUUUUUUUUUUUGUUUGUUUUUUCCCAAUUUGUUUUUUUUUCUUUCUUUCUUAGCAAGUACUUUCAAAGAACUCUGUACAUUUUAUCAUAAAAUGAAAAUAAAUUAUGUUGAGCCAU